CGGUUAUUGUACGCCAGUUGUCGUGAGUGACGGACGUGUGCGAUAUCUUAACUUUAAAUUUCGGAAAAGCCGCAACUUACGAUAAUUGAAGUAUGCCUUUUAUGCAAAUAUAGUGUCAGCGUGUAACAACAAAAAUGCAAGUUAUCGAACUACAAGCCGUGGAUUUUGAUGAUGCGUUUGCUAAUGGAGUGAGUUCGCCGGAUACUUUUUUCCGGAAUAUUCAAAAAAAAGUCACCAAUUUUUUGAUAUGGAAAGUCGAGAAUAUGCAAUUAGUGGCAAUUCCCAAAGACCAACAUGGGAUUUUCUACACAAGUGAUUCUUAUCUAAUUUAUGCCGCUUCUUGUUGCGGAAGUCCUGCAGGAAUCGACACUGUGGUUAGGGAAAUUCGUAAUGGGCCCUUGGAGUAUCACUUACACUUUUGGCUGGGCUCCGAAACGACUUCCGAAAAGUCCGGCGUGGCUGCUUAUAAGACCGUUGAGCUUGACAAACGCCUUGGGGGAAUUACAGUGCAGCAUAGGGAGACCCAAGCAAAUGAGAGCGCUCGAUUUCGAAGCUACUUCAAAAACGGCAUAAGAAUACUGAAGAAAGAAAUGGGCAACUUGCCUUCCACACCGAUGCUGUACAAGAUAAAGGGAAAGAAAAUUCCAAUCAUUGUGCAAGAAGAAGGUGUAUCGUGGAAGUUUUUCAACAGCGACGAUGUGAUAUUGAUCCUCACAAAGAAUACAAUCUUUUCGUGGAUUGGUAGAGCAUCCAAUUCUGUUGAGAGGCAACUUGCAGCUAAGAUUGCUUUGUCUUUGAAAGAGGAAAAUAAUGUCCCUACUAUUACAUUUGUGAAUGAUGGUUAUGAAAAAACACUUUCCGAAGAUGCUAAAGCCGAAUUUGAUAACUACCUUCCUUUGGACAAACGUAUUGUACUUCCUCCGGAUUAUAACGCUGACGUGGAAAACGGGCAAGAGACCAAAACGCCUUUGCGCCUUUACAGGUGCACGGAAAUGUCUGGGAAAUAUCGUGUGGUGGAAGUAAAACCUGGACCCAUAUCUCAAUCUGAUUUAAAUAAUGAGGAUGUGUAUAUCGUGGAUAAUUCUUGCAAUGGGAUUUGGGUUUGGGUGGGUAAAGGAACGACAGAGAAGGAACGCUUGGAGGCGAUUAGAAAUGCACGCGGUUUUGUCAAAAAGAAAAACUAUCCCAACAACACACAAGUGGUCCGUGUAAUUGAUGGACAUGAGCCAGUCGAGUUUAAGAUGCUGUUUUCCAAUUGGACCAACAAAGAUGAAGUAAAAAACCAAAGAAUUCCUGCCGUCAUAUGCGUAUCCAAGGUGGCAGUGGGUAAAUUUGAUGCCGAGACGUUAGUGGAACGACCCGCGCUGGCAGCGGAGUCGCAACUUAUUGAUGAUGGUUUCGGCACCAUAAAAAUGUGGAAAAUUACCAAAUCUAACACCGUCGAAUUGCCAAGCAAUCGACAAGGUACAAUGUUUUCCGGGGAGUGCUAUUUAAUAUUAUACACCUAUGAAAUGAAGACAUUAAGAAAUGUGGUCUACGUGUGGUUGGGCAACGACGCUCCUCAAGAGGAUAUUAACUGUACAAAAUUCAAAGCAAAUGAGAUUUCAGGAGAACUCGACGAAGGGGCAAUGCAAGUGCGAAUUGUUCAAGGGUUUGAGUCGCCACACUUCUUGCAACUUUUUCACGGCCGAAUGAUUGUAUUUAGAGGAAGAUCGCCGGCUGUAGAAGACGAUCACACCAAAAAGGGUAAAAGUUAUCUGUUACAAAUCUGCGGUUCCACUUCCUAUUCGACUAAAGCACUGGAAGUCGCCGCUCAAGCUUCCAGUUUAAAUUCGAACUAUUGCUACGUCUUUAAGAAACGAAAGCAUUACUACAUAUGGUGCGGCAACUUCUCUACUGGAGAUCAGAGAGAAAUGGCGAAAGGGUUUAUAGGCAAAGAUUUUUCUAUAUUAAUGGAAGGGAAAGAGUCUGCCAAUUUCUGGGACGACCUCGGAGGCCAAUCACCUUACCAUACAUCUAAACUAUCCAACGAUGAUGAAAAUCUCAGAGUCCCUCGGUUAUUUAAUUGCCGUAUAGUGAAUGGGAGAUUCAAGGCUGAAGAAUGCGUUAAUUUUACCCAGAACGAUCUGCUGCCAGAAGACGUCUUACUUCUCGAUACCUGGAAAAGUGUUUUUAUGUGGAUGGGUAGCUUGAGCAGCAACGCUGAACAAAAGUCAGCGAUGACUACUGCCGAAGUAUACCUGGCAAACGACCCAGCAGGUCGAAGUAUGAAUAUGCCAAUAGCGUUAAUCAAGCAAGGCCAAGAACCGCCUAAUUUUGCGGGAUUUUUUGCGAAUUGGAAUUCAUCAUUAUGGACUAACUAUAAAUCGUUUGAAGAGGUAAGAUAUGAAAUAGAAGGCAGCUCCGCAACUAUUCCCUUAAAAGAUGUGAGAGGAAACGGCGAAUGUAACCACUUUGACCAAUAUAUCAAAUAUCCUAUCAAGGUACUUGCGGCCGCUAAUGAUUGCCUUCCUGGCAGGGUGGAUCCAUUACGCAAAGAAGUUCAUCUUACACAUGACGAUUUUGUUUCGUUAUUUAAAAUAGACUAUAGCGAAUUUGAGACUUUACCAAAGUGGAGACAGCAGGAAAUGAAGAAAAAGGUUGGAUUGUUUUAAUUAGAAGAUAUAUUAAGUAUAGAUUUGUUUAAUGUACCUAAUCAUAUUAUUUUUGUAAUUAAAUUUAAAAAAUGAUCAAAGUCCUCGUGUGA